GCACAGAGACACCGACACAGAGAACCCGGAGAGGGAGGGGGGGAGAGCAUAUUGCGCGCCCACGUUGUUAAACACUGAGCGUGUUUUUUCCCCAUUUUGAAGGAAGGAGCUGAAAAGGACGCAUUGCCGGUGGAGAGCGUGUCGGAAACUCUCCUGUCUUCUUUCUUGUUGUUCCGCCCAGGCAAAGACCUGAACGCUCAACGAUGAUUAACUUCUUGCUCCUCAUCAGCCGACAAGGCAAGACCCGCCUGACCAAGUGGUAUCAGACCUACUCGGCUAAGGAGAAAGCACGCACGGUGCGGGAGAUCACGUCGACGGUGCUGGCGCGCGCCCCCAAGAUGUGCAACUUCGUGGAGUGGAGGGAUAAGAAGAUAGUCUACAAGCGGUAUGCGUCCCUGUUUUUCGUGGCGUGCAUAGACCAGGACGACAACGAGCUCAUCACCCUCGAGAAGAUCCACCUCUUCGUGGAAGUGCUGGACCGUUACUUCGGGAACGUAUGCGAGCUAGACAUCAUCUUCAACUUCCACAAGGCGUACUACAUCUUGGACGAGCUCUUCAUCGGGGGGGAACUGCAGGAAAGUUCGAAGAAGGAGGUGUUGCGAGUAUGCUCUCAGAUGGACGAGCUGAUGGAGGAGGCCAAGGAGGAAGCAGCGAACGGAAACCAGGGGCCAUCCCGCCGCCGGUGACCGCGACACACGCCGACAUUUCACUGGCGAUUGGUCGCGCUCCCGCCGGCCGACUGCUCUCCUCAGGGCUGCUGAAUGCUUCAUGCUGCUGUGCCGCCUUCGAAUGCUUGAUCAUCUCUUUUUUUGUGUUUCUUGUGCAACGUCUACGGAAAGGUGUACAAUGUCGCCAACAGAUUGGAAUUACAAAAAAGUAAAAGAUGAGGUUUACUUGUUCCUUCGGAGUUUGUAUUUUAUUUCUUGUCUUAAUCGUUACCUAUUCAGCUCCUCCCACCCCUUCCUUUUUGGGCGUUGGCGUCGUAGUUAGGUAAUAUGGUACGUGUCUUCCUCGCCGCGCCCGUUCAUCUAUCAGUUCGUUCGUUCGCGGCUUCUGUUUGUUGCGCCGACGGGAAGAAAGUCGGUCCUUUCUUGGUGUGCUGUACGCCGUGUUCCAGCACAGAGGGCCUCAACGACCGGAUAACAGCCGGGUAACGACCUCGCCAAGAAGAAAUAUUCUGAUCGUGGCAUAGAUGCGCCCGCGUGUGACAUAUGGGCCAUCGGCAACGAACGAAGUUUGCGGCCUCACGAGGAGGACUUAUUUCCAUAAGCAUAGCUUAUCCGGCAUCUCAUGGAGACGCGUGUGUGAUUUCGCUCCUUCGAAAUCCUUCUACUGGGUUGUAGUACCUGGAAAUAUGCUGCUGUGCGUGCUCACCGUGAUGGUACAAGUAUACGAUUCAAGACAACUUGUUAUAAACAUAUUGAACCUGGGCGUUCGAAGCCACUUUCUUUCGGGCACCAGGCCCUCUCCGCGCCCC